GAGAUGCCGGCAGUCGCGCGGGAAACGUAGCGGCAGAUGGUCGAGCGACCGGCGCUCCGAUACAGCAUCCCACGAUAAUUUGCUUUCUCGAAAUUAUUUACGAUAAUCAACAUAGAUAUUUUUUAUUAUCUGUGAACUGUGGACACAGUGAUGACUAAAUUUAUGUGAUAAAGGUAUCGGUUCGAAAUUAUGUUCGAUUGAAUGAUAUUUCGAGGGAAUAAUCGGGAAAAACAAGUCUUUCCAAAUGAAGAUGACAGUGAACCGUAUAAGGGUGGUGGUGCUUGGGAGUCCGCGCAGUGGCAAAUCUGCUGUGGUGGUGCGUUACCUAACAAAACGAUACAUCGGCGAGUACAGUUCGACAGGCGAUUUCCUUUAUCAACACCGAGUGGCUUUCGACGGCGUCGUAUCCGAAGUAGAAGUACUGGACACUUCUAAUUGCGCGAUUCGCGGUUGUCUUGCUGAGCACGUGCGAUGGGGAGAUGCGUUUGCGGUUGUAUAUUCGGUAUGCGAAAGGCGUUCAUUCCUCGCGGCGGCAGAAUUGCUCUCACUGCUCGAAAGAACGAGGCUACCGGGCUGCGCAGCCAUUACCCUCUUGGGGAAUAAACGUGACCUCGAACACGCCAGGGAGGUCCAUGCAGAGGAGGGUCAGGAACUAUCUCUUCGGUUCGGGUGCCAGUUCUAUGAGGUGUCUGCAGCGGAAUCAUGCGCUGGCGCAGCGCUAGCGUUCCACGCGCUUCUGCGAGAGGCGCGUGCUCUCGCGCUCCUACUACCAGCGCCUCGGCGGAAACUUGCCGCCUACUCCGUCUCCAAGGUUAUUGGAACGAUAUUCGGCAAGAACAGCAAGAGUGUAAGAAAGAAAAGGCCGUCAUUGAGCAUUUAAAUUAAGACUAUUUAUUUAUAUUUAUAAGCCCACAGACUGUACUUGUUAUUAGAAAUAUUAUUAAAAUGAGUAGUUUAGGUACGUAAUUGGUGCCUAAUAUUUGAUACUAAGCUUAAUGUACAUAUAUAAAAUAUACUGUAUGAGUAUAGAAUUGGCGAUGUUAUUCGCAGCCAUAAGUUAAUACAACGUAUAUGUGUAAAUAAACGCAAUGUUUAAUGUAAAUAUUUAUGUUAUUGUAUUAACAUACACCUCGCACUAGAGCUAAGACAAUAAAUUGUAAAUAUAAAAUAAAAUUUAUGAUAUUCGGAAAUAAGUAUUACGUUGUAUGAUAUUACUUAAUAUAAAAAAUAAUAAAAGUAUGUAAGUAUUAGAUGACAACAGUUCUAUUCAUUUCACCUUGUCCC